GAGCGCAUGAAGGAGAGACCAACCGAGUCAGAGCGACCUGCAGCCAGUCCACUCACUGAUGCCCUGAUCCAGCCCAGAAACGCAGCGACUACACCUAUCUGAACUCCACACGUCUCAGCCGUAACUCCCUGUUAACACUCGGAACAUCUAGAGGAGGACUGGGAGAGCCGACGCUGCCCGCAGCAGUUUUUUUCUUCUUUUUCUUCUUUUUCUUCUUCUUCUUCUUUGCUCUCUUUCUUGCGCGACCGGGAGAAAGUGCCUUGAAAUUAGAAGUUGAAAGAGAGGGAGAGAGUUGCUUGACGGCGAAAUAAAUCUCGCUUCCUACACGGACCACUAACAGGGAGGUGAAUGGACCUCCACCGCCCCUUCAAGAUGGACAGCCCCUCCUACCUGCCAACUCCACUGGCCUCCCCCGCCCUGAUGGUUCUCGCCUCCACUGCGGAGGCCGGCCGAGACGCCUCCGUCCCCUGCCAAGCGCCGAGGCCCUUCGGUGUCCCCACUUCCGUGGAGAAGGACCUUCACCUCCCCUUCCCCUCAGCCUCUUACACCUUCACCUCCAUGUAUCAGCGCCAGGGCCCCAUGUCAGGCACCUUUCCCUCCCGAGACUUCCCAGCUUCCCUGCUUCACCUGCACCACCAGUUCACUCCACCGAACCUGGACUGCUCCACCCUGAGCAUGCUCAACCACAGCGGGGUGGGCGCCUUCCGACCUUUCUCCUCCCCACAAGAGGAGAGGGAGUCGGGGGUUUACCAGUCGGCUUUCACCCCUGCCAAGAGGCUGAAAAGCUGCUUUCCGGAGGUGGAGGGGAAGGAGUUUGACUUUGGCUCCCCAGGAGGCUCCCUCAAAGCUGUGGAGGACUCAGGGAGGAAGCUGUUCUCCAUGUCUGGCCUGCUGUCUGAUGGAGAGGCUUCAUCGAGCCCGGAGGAGCGCAAAGAGCACAGCAAAGUGAAGGGUCUCUAUGAUGCUCAGGCCCCGGUUUGUCCGGUCUGCCAGUCAAUCCUGCGACCAGGAGAGCUGCAGGAGCACAUGGAGCAGGAGUUGACCAAACUUGCCCAAAUACAAAUCAGUGUCACUCCAGUGCAGCACAACCACCUCAUAAGGACGCCGAAGUCUCUCUCGCUCUCUCUUCAUAUCAAGCAUGAAGGAGGUUCUCCCACCUCGCCCCCUCGCACAUCUGAUGAUGUCCACUCUGACCGAUACCAGACAUUUCUUCGUGUACGGGCCAACAGACACACAAGACUAAAUGUCGAUGACCUCUGCUGGUGCAGGUGCUACGUCAAAUCUGCCCCAUUACGCCCCCACAGCGCAGGAGCCCACCUAGACUGCACACAAGCUGUCAGGAUCGGAAAGCUGAAGAGGAGGAAACUAGAAGAUGGACAGGAGGGUUCAGCGGACUUGGCACCAUUGCAGGACGCGUGGAAUGAGAGAAGGAUGCAGAUGUCAUCUAUAGUGGGAGGGUUUAAAGGUGCAGUGCAGGUGAGCACGACUACGAAGGAGUGUCGAGACAGCGACGCAGACUUGGACGUGGAUGGAGAUGAUACUCUGGAGUACGGCAGAGCGCAAUACACAGAGACAGAUGUAAUCCCCUGCUCAGGAGAAAGCUCCAAAGAGACAACAGUGAACAGCAGCAGUACGUUACAUGACUCCAGAGUAAGCCUAGAAUUUUCCAAAUGGUCAAAUGAUGGGAGUCCAUCUACCAGCAGUGGAGAGAAAGUAGACAGCAGCAUAGCUGCUCUACCUAAAACCUGCAAAAACUCUGAGAUAGAAAUGCUCUCAGAGGAUUCCACGCUGACAACUUUGGAUGUACUUAAAGCUCGGAUACGGGAUUUGGAGAAACAGUUGUCUAAAGGAGACAGAUUUAAAUGCCUAAUCUGCAUGGACAUGUACACAACCCCUCUCACCUCCAUCCAGUGCUGGCAUGUUCACUGUGAGGAGUGUUGGCUUCGAACGCUGGGAGCAAAGAAGUUGUGUCCACAGUGCAACACCAUCACCUCACCUGGAGACCUGAGGCGGGUCUACCUGUGACGCAGCCACUCACAAAAUAAGGAGAGGAGCUUCUUCUGUUUUAACCAAUCAGGGGUGGAUUUGUGGGCAGCUGGCCUGUCAUAGACUCCCACCCUUUUCCUCCUCCUCACACCUUCGUGGUCCUACCUGUCAGUGUAAUAAGAUCCACUAAACCCUGACAAUUUGAAGAACAGCAAGUGUAACCUUUGACCUUCCUUACAGCCCUGUACAAUAUCCAUGUUCCUGCUGCAACAUUAAAACAUCAACCAGAUCAGAAGACGCAUAUAAAACCAACUGAGAGCUCAGGCACUGAAAAACUAAUAGAAAAGAAAAGGCUUUGGGACAAUAUUUAUCGAUUUUGUAAUAUUUUUUGUGAGGAAAACAAAUUAGUUGAAUCACAUGCAAAGCACAUGUACAUAGUUUUGUGUUUGGAUCGGUAUGUUUGGAUGUGUGUGUGUGUGUGUGUGUGUGUGUGCGUGUGUGUAUAUGAUGUUGACUAGUAGAACAACCCAACUGUAUUUACUCUACAGGGUUUGUCUUUGCUUGAAUCAUUUAUUUGUUUAGCUCUUGUAGGUUGGAAACAUUCUCACAUUCAAGCUCAUUUUGUCUUUGUCAUUGAUGUUUCUUUGUAAAGGCUCAUUACAUCUAA